AUGUGGUCAAAUUUUAUGCAUAUUUUAUUUGCCGUACUGUUACACAUUAGUGGAGUUAUUUGUGCUUUAUGGAUUUGGUAUUUGUUUCCAAAAAAUAUAGGGCAAUUUAUGUUGUUUGAAAUAAGAGUAUUUUUGAGUCUGAGAACUAAAGUCACUUUAAAAAGAAAGAAAAAUAUGUAG